AUGGAAAGGGCAAUCACUGCUGGCCAGCCUAAAGACAAGUCACUCUUCCAGGACAGCAAUGGCAGCGCAGUUCCUGCCGAAAGUGUGUGCCAUAAUUGUUCAAAGCUAAAGAUAUUUCUUGGAGCUCUAGCUUUUUCCUUUUUUGCAAAAGGAUUUUCUGGAAGCUACAUGAAGAGCAUGUCUAGUCAAAUUGAAAGGAGAUUUGAAAUCUCAUCAUCCAUUGUUGGCAUUAUUGAUGGCAGCUUUGAGAUAGGUAACUUAAUGGUAAUGGUGUUGGUGAGCUACCUUGGACCAAGAGUUCAUCGACCAAAAGUAAUUGCUGUUGGAUGUCUCAUCAUGUCAUUAGGAGCAUUUUUGUCAGUGAUGCCUCAGUUCCUAAUGGGACGUUAUAAUUAUGAAAGGAUAACUGUUACUGUGGACAACUCCUCUACAAGUGUAUCAGCUUGCUCCCCAGCAUCGUCUGAAGGCCAUCCGGUCACAGAUGCUACAGAAACACCCAGCGCCUUGAAAAAUUUUGGAUGUGAGAAAACAACAAAUUCCUAUCUGUGGCUCUUUGUGUUGAUGGGGAACCUUUUACGUGGAAUUGGGGAAGCACCAGUUAUGCCACUGGGGGUUUCAUAUAUUGAUGAUUUUUCUAAAGAAGAAAACUCAGCAUUUUACAUAGGCCUGGUGAGAUCCUCGGGCAUGUUUGGGCCGACCCUGGGCUUCCUGCUUGGAUCUUUCUGUGCCAGCCUCUGGGUUGACAUUGGCAUUGUGGAUAUCAAUGCCAUCAGCAUAAAUCCUAAGGAUACCCGCUGGGUUGGUGCCUGGUGGCUUGGAUUGCUUAUCUGUGGAGCAGUCAACUUCAUUGCUUCAUUGCCUUUCUGGUUUUUGCCUUACUCCUUACCAAAAGAAGGAGAGAAUGAAAAUCUGAAGAUUAUCCAUUUGCCUGUUCAAGGAGAUCACUGUAAAAUAGAGCCCCCAGCUCAGCCACAGCUGAAGUUCUCAGAGGCAGUAAAAGAUUUCUUCCCAGCUCUGAAGAAGCUGUUUGGAAAUCCAGUUUUCCUGGUGUACACCUUCCUCACUAUUCUGCAGUACAAUUCUCUUGUUGGGUUGAUAACCUAUGAGACAAAGUUCAUGGAGCAGCAAUUUAAUGUAUCGGUGGCAAGAGCCAUCUUUCUAAUUGGUGUGAUACUUUUACCCAUCACAAUCCUGGGGAUGUUUCUAGGAGGCUUUCUGAUCAAGAAAUUCAAACUUCACAUAACUGAAAUGGCAAAGUUUGCAUGCAUCACCUUUAUAGUAGCGUAUUUGUUAAACCUCUUGUACUUUACGUGCAGUUGUGAGGUGCUCAAGGUGGCCGGUUUAACAGCAUCCUACUCUGGAUUAAAACAUCUUUCUUCCCCCAAAACCAGCUUCAUGGCCAGUUGUAAUGCUGACUGCGGCUGCGAGCUGGAUCAGUGGGACCCUGUAUGUGGGGAUAAUGGGAUCACUUACAUGACAGCCUGCUUUGCAGGAUGUAAAUCAUCAACUGGGAUGGGAAAGAAUAUGGUGUUUUACAAUUGCAGCUGUGUGGAAGGACAAGGGCAUGGACUUGGCAAUUCCUCUGCAGUUUUGGGACAAUGCCAAAGAGAAAGCUGUACCAAAGCAUUUCCCUAUUUUUUAGCAUUACAGACUGCAUGUGCAUUUAUUUUAGCCUUAGGAGGCACUCCUACAUACAUGAUUAUGUUUAGAUCUGUUUCACCAGACCUGAAAUCCUUUGCUGUUGGGAUUGAAACUUUAGGUGGUAGAGUACUAGGAGGACUCCCAGCCCCUAUCUAUUUCGGUGCCUUGAUAGAUGAGACCUGCUUGAAAUGGGGGACAAAAAACUGUGGAGGCUCUGGAUCUUGCCGGGUAUAUGACACGAAAGCAUUCAGAAAUGUUUAUCUUGGCCUCAUUGCGGGACUACGGGCAGGAUGCUGCCUCUUAUACAUAGUGCUCUCUGUUUUAAUAAUGAAACGCUUCAAACCAGGUGGCAAAGAGAUGACGGAUAUUAAGAACACAGAAAGAUCAACCAGUAAAGAACCAGCUACUGCCAACAAAAAAGAAAUUCUUCCUGGAGCAAGAAACUCAGAGGAGAGUGAGGAAACUUGUAUGUAA